GGGGAGCCGUAACACAGCCAAUGGGAGCCACACCUCCACCCACGCAGCCUCGCUUCCUCUAGGAUCCCCCUCGGCCCCUCGGUGGGUCCCUGAACCAGGGAUCGAGCAGCGGCGAGGGCAACGGCUGCUGUCACCGGGAACGUCCCAGCUUCGGUUUGCCACCCCUGCCAACGGGAAGGAUGCGACGGCCCGAGGCAUCGACCGCUUCAUCCUGACAGUGCCGACACAGGUGCAGGCGGGGGUGAGGGUUUCAGGAAGGAGCCUGGGUUAUGCAGUGAAUUGUACCGUCGAUUAGCACAGGCGGGAGCAAUGGAAUCGGUGCAUCUGCACAUGCCGGUGAGAGUGACUCAACCUCUGAUCCCCGAGUCGAGCCCCCUCUGGCCGUGAAUGAGAAGGAGCUGGCCCGCUCCGUAUCUUCCAUGGACAUCCCCGUGUUGAACGGCGCCGCGGGGCUACCCAGCGCGGAGCAGGUGCUGGACCCGCGCGUCCUACAAAGCCCCGAGAUUGCCCGCCCUGUUCCUCAGCCCGGUCCGCUGCUCUUCACCGAGGAGGCGCCCUUGCGGAGCUCCGUGUUGGGGCCGGGCCCCGCCACGGAGCUCCGCGAGAAGGCAGGCAGCCUCCCCGCGUGCUGCGAGACGACAUCGAUGGACGGCAGCAAAGCGAGGGUGGCACAGCUAUCCCGCACUGCCUCCUCCAGCAGCGACUCCAGCACUGACUCAUCCUCCUCCGCCUCGAACAGCGAGGACUCGGCGGAGGAGCGCGAGAGUGAUUCGUCAAGCGAGGCGGGCAGCGAGGACCAGUUCCUUCCCGUGGCGCCUCGCGUCCACCUGGCCUCCUCCUCCUCCUUCUCGUCCUCCUCCUCCUCCUCCGUGCUCUCCAUGAUCUGCUGCUUCUGAGGGCUCAGCAUCUGCACCUUCUGCUUCUCGGCAGAGGUGAACCGCGCGCUCCUCCUCGCUGCUCCCUCCAUCAACCCGGAUGCUGUGAGGAUGUCCCUGGCGCUCAUGGCCUCCCUGCCCAAGAAGAGUCACCUCGAGGCGGCGGGGGGUGGUCCCAAAUCCCCCCCUCCUGCCCAGGAGACUCCACGUGGGCCCUGGGAGCCCCCCCACCCCAGCCCCCCUCAGGCCCAAAGCAGCCGCUAUCGUGGCCGUGAGAUGGGAUACAGGGGAAACCUCGCUACUGCUCCCCGACCCGCCCUGUAUGUCAGUCAGCUACAUCCAUUGUGUUAAGAGACCGGGUGAGAUUCCAAGUCCCCGGUAACGAGCCCCAUGUCCUCUGUACCGACGGCAGGUGAGUGUUGGAGAUAUGUUUGGAUAACCCGCACUGUACUGGGUGGGAUACGUUUCUGCAGGAUGGGAUGGGUGGGGGGGGCGGUUACCGAAAUAGCCAUUGGAGUGGUCUCUACGAGGCCGUUGACCAAGGAGAAGACAAGACCGAAGGCCAGAUAGUGGAAGACGGUCAGGGCAGAUCUUGGACGUAGUCUCGUGUCUCUACCGUGCAGCAGCAGCGGGAUCUGGCGGAGGGGAGAAAGCUCUCGCAGCGAGCAGGUGCGGCGCUGGAGGCGCUAUCAGCGGCUUUGGCCAUGACGGACAUCUUCACGUUGAUACGUGACCCAGGUCCUUUUCCAACGAGUGCCAGAUGCUCGUUCAGAUGCUCCGUAGCGCAGUGCCGCAACGCUCGCUGCCUUUGCUUCCAUUGCGACGUGUGGUCAAUCUGAUAGGCGAUUCUCUCUGGAUAUGAACGCCUACGAAACGUGUCGUGCGUGAGCGUCUUGAGAUGCGGUGACAUGAUUUACAUGCUUUGUACGUUGAAUGUCUUAUUAUUACGUAAGCAUAUUUUUCAAAAAAAAAAAAACUGUGAUGCUAAAAUAUAAUGUCAAUUCAUGAGUCCCGUGUGCACAUACAUGUAAUGGAAACCGGUUUCUGCGCAUAAAAGCACCCACCUGACCCGCGACUUGUCAACUUUUGUUUAUUUAAUGAUGCGAAUCAUGAACCUGCCAAUAGUAGCACCCAUAAACCAUAACAAACUAGUCACUAGUACUAACCCUUU